AUGGAGCCCUAUGAGACGUCGGAUGAAGAGACACAGACUUCGAUGCCUAGCCAAUCAACUUGGUGGAGAAAGCAGGCGUACGAGUAUUACCGUUACUGUAGUGACGACGAUGGGAUCAUUCAAAAGGUCUUUGACAGUCCCAAUCCAGAAGAAUCGAAAACGAGGGGACGAACGAAAACACCCCCUCCAAAGGGAGCUCUUAAACACGGCUCCGCCACCUCAAGUCCUGGUUCUGUCAAAGAUGCGGAAGCUAGAGGAGCUACACCCGUAAGCUUCAAAUCUUCUACACGUCCGCCAAAAUACUUUUUGGAAGGGGAAAAACGUACCAAUUCCUUUUCGAGCGAUGCGUUGGGGCCGACAAAGCUGGAAACCGCACGUUUCAGGUCGCAUGAUAGCGAAGGAGAGACUGCUUGGUACUUCAGCCAGUCACCAUUUGACCUGGACGCACCCCCUCCCGAAACACCGAACCCGAGGAUGUUAGCAACGAUCUACAUCCACAGGAACAUGAAGGAUGGAGCCUAUCAGUUAUGGUUGUGGUGUGAGCGGGAUGGCGGAGGGCUUGCGUGGAAACCAGUAGACCUGGAGAAUGAGCGAGUAGCUCAUCCCAAGAUUGCGGAGCGGGCUUUGAAGUUGACUACGUCGGGAAGGCCUAGUUGGGUGCUCACUAGUACCUUGACUACCUAUUGGUCACGAAAGCCCAGGAGGUCUAGAUCGCGUUCGGUUGCAGCAGGCUCGAUGAACAGUGGUUCCAUUAGUACAGGAACUGAGGUACGGUGA